CUUCAAAAGUGAAAGUUCUUGGAGAGAUAAACCUGAAAACAGGGAAACACCAGACCCUUCCAGAAACAACAUAUACAACAUAACCAGUACGCUUGGACUGCGGAGAACGUAACACUGGGCUAAACCUUCUUGCAACUUUAAGCAAUACCUGAAACGUCAACAUGGGGACCUGCGCCAGCGUAAAAGCCAGUCAAGUGCAUGAAGCCGAAGAGGACCUGUAUAAAUGGACGGAACAAAAGCUCAGUAUGAAGACAGGGGAUGUCCAGCGUGCCCUGAUCUGCUCCGAUGCCGUGUAUCUGUCCGACCUUCCCAACACCGACGCCAUUCAACAGUUUUUAAAGGAAGAGCGAAACCUGCACAACUUUAAGCGGGUCAGCGUCAGCCGGUAUGGAUCUGUGAGGUACCUCCUUGCUGAAACUCAAGACAAAGAAGAAGUUUUCGUUGCAUUCAAAGGUACAACGGACUUCCAAGACGUCAUGGCCAACCUGAAUAUUUGGCAAUCGGCAUCUAGUCAAAGCCGGGCCAAUCACAACACCGGGGUUGGCGGGAAAUACCACGCGGGCUUCAUGCACCUGGCCUUCCUCGUUCCCGCCAACCGCAUCCUGGAGGAAUACAGCAACAGCCGUAUUGUCGUCUGCGGACACAGCCUAGGGGGCGCUGUUGCACACAUUGUAGCUUUAAACAUGAUGGCGUGCCUACUCAACAAGGGUAAACCAGUCGACAACGUCAAGUCCAUCGCGUUCGGUGCUCCGUACAUCGGAAACGACGGCGCUCAUCAGUUUGCCGAGGAAUACAACCUCUCUCCUCACCUGUUGACGAUCGUCAACGAGAAAGACCCCGUGCCUUACAUACUCCGCCUAGCGGAAACGGUUCAAUGUGCAGGGAAAACCGUUUUGAAGAAAGUUGAGAAUUUUUCAUCCACCGCGGCUCCCAUCGUGUUGGGCAUUCUGGCUUCCCUUACCGGCUUGGGUAUAUUGGGAGCCAGCACUGCUGUUGCCAGCGCCGUAACAGCCAGCACAAUACCCGCUCAGCUUGGCAAAUGCGAGGGUAUGUUGAAGAAAUGGGGUCUACUCGCGCGGGACCUGGAUUCCUUGUACGUGCCGCUAGGAUGGUAUCUGUACAUUAGCUGCAGUACGUCGAAGGCCGGUGGGGGCGGUCAUUGGCGGCACAAACUCUUGGAAAACCCCGGAGCUAUCGAGUACGUUAGGCCAGACAUCCGAGAUUGGAAAGAUGAGGAUUUCCAGUGCCACAGGGUGUCCAACUACCGCACGACUUUCUUUAAAGUCGCGAAAAGGACGACGUACCGGGCUGGUGACGUCAUCAUCGCGGACGCCACUUUCCCAGCAAGUAUCAAGAGCUUCAGCGUUCUAGCGAAAGAUGACACUGAUGAUACCAGAGAAACCAAGACAUGCCAGAUCGAAAUCAAGGGUGACAACUUGGAAUUCCUGGCAGAGGAUGAUCCCGUUUCUGGGCUUCCAGUGCCAGAUGGAAAGUUUGCCGUGCUAUUCAUUUCUAACAACUUGGUGGCGUUACAGUGUGAGCUCCAAACUGACAGUCUGUCUACCAUGGAGGCUACAAUCAGGACACACUUUGAAGAAGUGAAGGUUUCCAAAGAGUUAGUUGACAUUAAGGUAGUGCCCGAACUACCAUAUAAAGAAGAAGGCCUGGUACGACAGGUCAAUGAAGAGGCUACUGAAGGUCCGACUGUGGGGUCCGUGCUCUAUGACGCAGGGACAGUGGUGGUCCAGGGAGCAGUAUCAGUGUGGACAACAGUGAAAGGCGGGCUUGGUUACUAGCUCAGUGAAAAGCUCAGUAAGAGGUUGUCUAAUUCCUUUCUCUGCUGUCUGUGUGUUUGUUUACACAAGGAAAGAGUGGUAGAAUUUGAACCCUAGCAGUGACUUGUGACUACAACUCUCUUUCUCGUCCUUCUCUUUAUACAUGUAUCAGGCAAAUGAUGUGAUUGUUUUGCACUUUAUGAUAAGAAUCUAUAUUACCCAUGAGCCAUUACAAACUUUUUUUGUGUGUGUUUGUGUCUGUGCGUUCUUUUGCUUGUGUGCCUAGGUCUUUACACAGGAUACUAGAUUAAAGAACAAGAUUUGGCAUGUUAGACAGAAUAUACAAAUUAGGAUAUCAUUUAUAUGAUAUGGAAAUAUUAUGCUUCCUCUGUUUAUUCGUUUAUUUUGUAUAAACAGUAAACGGUCUUUAGACCUACGAUACGUUUUGCACAGUAAGAAUGAGCUGCAAAAGACUGGGAUUGGAUUGUAAGGUUUGUGUUGGAAUAUGAAAGUUAUUUCUGAAUGCUGUAAAAGCGGUCAGCAUUUUACUUAAAUGAAUGGUGUUGUUUAUGGUGAUAUAAGGAGACAUUUAUCAUCAUAAUGUUUGUACGUUUGGUAGCAAUGAAUAUCAUGAAUAAUGCUAUAUCCCUUGUAGGAUUGUUAUUAUAACAUGUUAUAACUCAGUUCCUACGUACAGACUUUUCUCUUCUGCACGCAUGCGUACUAAGCAGUGGUGGGAGAUUUCAACUACUCUAACAUUCUCUCGCUUCUGUUUUUGAUAGAUGGAUGUAGAGGAAAACUAGGAGAUUGUAAUUUUCUAAAUAUAAAACAUAUUUGUAAAGUAAAAGUAAAAAUACAAGCACAGUGUUG